AUGACUCCUAUGUAUUUCUUUCUUUAUUUUCUAGGUCAUUUUCUUUUUCUGAAUGCAUCGCAGUAUACAUCCUUAUUAUUGCUGAGUCCAUGGCUGACAAGCAUCAGUGAGCGCUGCACCUUGGAGGUGGCCAUUUAUCUGCAGGACUCAAGGUCAGGAGAAUAUGUUGUUCAGCUACUUCACAGCAAUGAAAGCAAGACAGUCCUCAUGUCAUCAGAAAGUGAGGCAAGAACGGGGUGGACAGUGCUUCAGGGGAGAGUAGGACAUUUGGAAGAGUCUUUCCGGAUCUCUUUGGAAUAUAAAAGAAAUAACAGAAGAAUCUGGGAGUUGGCAGCUGUGGACUCAAUAAUUCUGAAAAACUGCAAUGAAGGUCCUCUGACAGGCUCUAGGACAACACUCGAGGGAUCGUUCACUUGUCAGAAUGGGGUAUCUAUUAAACUAAGGCAACUCUGUGAUUUCAACAACGACUGCAGCAAUGCUGAAGAUGAAGGAACAGUCUGCAAUAACCUUCCCAUCGGCUCAUACUGUUCCUUUGAAGAGGAGGAUUGUGGAUGGUCAUCAGUUACCUCAGAGGUGGAUGAACCAAGUUGGAAAUUGAAGCAAAGUCGGUCUGUCAACGAAGAAGAGAAAAACAAUCUAUGUUAUUCAGAAGAUCACGCCCUGUUCCUGAACACUAGGGAGACUCUGAUAGCUGACUUCAAUGAGUUGAGAAGCCCAAUUUUUCCAACUCCUAUCCGGAACUCUGCAUGUGAGGUUCAUAUGUCUUUAUGUUUAUAUGGAACUCUAGUGGGAAAUCUUUCCUUCUUGGUUGUGGAAAACAAGACCGACGAGGAAUACAUCAGGACACUGUGGGAAUUCGCAAAUAUUACUGGCUCAGGAAGCUGGCAAAAGGCAACAUUGAAAUUGCCAGAUGUGUCUGACAGGUUCUGGCUUCAGCUGAACACUGUAUGGACUGAUGAGUCAACUGCAAUCAUUGCACUGGAUAAUGUAACUCUCAGCCUUGACUGUUAUCUAUCAAGCAAUGUAGACAGCUCUCCCACAAAUCAAUCUGCCAACACAAGCCAAUCUCUGCUAGGCCGAGCCUUUGUGGACAAGACUGUUACAGCUGCGAGUAAGAAAGUACAAGAGGAGACUGAAGUCAAUGCUCUGUCAGGCCCAUGGAUUAUUAGGACAUGUGGUGCCAGUGGGCCCAAAGGACCAACGCAGACCCAGUGCAACAAUGCUUACAAGAAUACAAGUACUUCUGUGGUGGUUGUAGCUAAAGGUUCUUGGAAGGGCAUUCAGAAAUGGAGAGUACCAUCAACAGACACAUACAAGAUAUCAGCAUAUGGAGCUGCUGGAGGCAUAGGAGGAAAGGGAAACUUUAGAAGAUUUCAUGGUGUGUUAGUACAAGCCAUUUUCCAACUAGAAAAAGAUCUAAUUCUGUACAUACUGGUUGGACAACAGGGAGAAGAUGCUUGUCCUAAUAUAAAUCCCACCAUCCAGAGUGUUUGCUUGGGAGAGAAUAACGUGAUUGAGGAGGAGUUAAAAGCAAAUGGCAAUGUCACCGAGUGGGCAGGAGGUGGAGGAGGAGGUGGAGGAGCCACGUUUAUCUUCAAGAUGGAUAAUGGAGAACCAAUACCACUGCUGAUAGCAGCGGGUGGAGGUGGCAAAGCCUAUCUGAGUAAAGAUGCCGGUUUCCCAGAAGAGAUGCUAGAAACGGAUUCCUCUGUUCUGGGUGUGAAUGGGAGGUCGGGUGCUGCCGGGGGUGGUGGUGGUUGGAGUGACGUCACUAUACCACCAUGGUCUGGCAAAUCACUGACCGAAGGAGCUGAAGGUGGACAAUCCUGCCCACAGGCCAUCAAGAAAUGGGGCUGGAUAACACAUGGAGGUUUCGGAGGAGGAGGAGGAGCUUGUACAGCAGGAGGAGGUGGUGGGGGCUAUAUAGGUGGAAAUGCAACUGAGAAUAAUCAUCCUGAAAAAGAUGGUGGCUGUGGUGUUUCUUAUAUUAGUCCAUUGGGUGAAAUCUACACCCCACCACUGGCAGUUACAGAAAGCCAUGGGGAGGUUGAAAUUGUGCUGCAUUUAAAUUGUAGCCACUGUGAACAUAAUGACUGUGUAUUUGACCAUAUUAAAGAAGAACUCAUCUGUUUGUGUGAAUCAGGAAAGAUAUUGGCUUCUGACAGUGUAACCUGCAUUUUACCUCCCGAGGGCCACCUGCCCCUCUCCCUGGUGCUUUCGGUCGUGUUGUCGGUUGUGGUCGCUGCCUUGCUACUCGCCUUCUCUGGAAUCAUGAUUGUGUAUCGCCUCAAACACCAAGAACUGCAAGCCAUGCAGAUGGAAUUACAAAGCCCUGAUUACAAACUCAGUAAGCUGCGAACUUCAACCAUCAUGACCGACUACAAUCCCAACUACUGCUUUGCUGGAAAAACUACUUCCAUCAGUGAUCUCAAAGAAGUUUCCCGUAAAAACAUUGUGCUCAUACGGGGCCUGGGACAUGGAGCCUUUGGUGAGGUGUAUGAAGGCCAAGUGACUGGUGUUCCAGGUGAACCCAGCCCUUUGCAAGUUGCAGUGAAGACAUUGCCUGAGGUGUGUUCGGAACAGGAUGAGUUGGAUUUCUUGAUGGAAGCCCUAAUAAUUAGUAAAUUCUGCCAUCAAAAUAUAGUGCGAUGUAUUGGAGUCAGCCUGCAGGCUCUUCCUCGCUUCAUUCUCCUGGAGCUGAUGGCAGGAGGAGACAUGAAAUCGUUCCUUCGAGAAUAUCGACCUAAACCGGGACAACCAUCAACUCUCAACAUGUUGGACUUACUGAAUGUGGCUCGUGACAUUGCUCGGGGUUGUCAGUAUCUGGAGGAGAAUCACUUUAUCCAUCGGGAUAUAGCUGCAAGAAAUUGCCUUCUUACUUUCAAAGGUACAGGACGAGUGGCUAAGAUUGGAGAUUUUGGAAUGGCUCGUGAUAUAUACAGGGCUAGUUAUUACAGAAAGGGUGGUCGUGCCAUGCUCCCAGUGAAAUGGAUGCCACCAGAGGCCUUCAUGGAAGGAAUAUUUACUUCAAAGACAGAUACUUGGUCCUUUGGAGUGUUACUGUGGGAAAUCUUUUCACUUGGGUACAUGCCGUACCCCAGUAAGAGUAACCAAGAAGUGCUGGAGUUUGUCACAAGUGGUGGUCGAAUGGAUCCACCCAAAAACUGCCCCGGUCCUGUAUAUCGAAUUAUGACUCAGUGUUGGCAGCACCAGCCAGAGGACAGGCCUAACUUUGCAACAAUAUUGGAACGAAUUGAUUAUUGCACACAGGAUCCUGAUGUAAUAAACACUUCCUUGCCUGUAGAAUAUGGGCCUCCAGCAGAAGAGGAAGGAAAUGCUCCCGUGCGCCCAGAUGACCCUGAUGGAUUAGCGCCUCUUUUAGUUUCACCAGCACAAGAAACUGAGAGCCAAGGAGCUUCCACUGACCUUGCCCUGCCACCCCAGCGUCCAACCAGCCUCUGCCUUGGUGAACACCGGGUCAAAUUUGUUCCCAAUGAUUCUGCCGUUGUACAUACCGGAAGGCCAGCUGAGGAUGGGUCUCAUGUCAAUAAAACGUACUCACAAAUGAACAACUCUUCUGCUUCACAACAAGGUAGGGGCUCCCGGAAAAAACCCACCAACCUCUGGAACCCUACGUAUGGGUCAUGGUUCACAGAAAAACCCAUCGUGCAAAACAACAAUAUUUUGACUGACAACAACAGGCCACAAGAAAGGGAAGAUUCUGGUUUCCAUGCCAGCGGUGGUACUUCUACUACCAUCCCAAAUUCCAGGCCUCAGGCAUCUGCUGUUGUACUAGAACCUUCUUCCCUUGUUGCCAGUACAUUGGAUGUGCCUCUAUUCCGCCUGCAGCAUUUUCCUUGUGGGAAUGUGAGUUAUGCAUUCCAACAGCAGCAACAACAGCAGGGAUUGUCUCUGGAAGCUACGUCUGCUUGUGCUACUUUUAAGGAAGAUUACAACUCACAUCUUAAUAAGGGCUUACCUGCCCAGCAGGACCCACGUGUUCACCCGGUUGCCAAUAUACCCACUUGGGACUCAGGACUCUCUCUAGCAGAGGAUGUAAAUGUCACUAUACUGUAA